CAAACGUGCGGGCACUAAGACCGCAAGGCAUUCAUUUCCUCCUACGGUGGAUGCGGACGCUGGGAGGAGAGCCCCUGAGCUAGGAGCUGGGAGCCGAGGCGCAGAGAACACGUAGCGACUCCGAAGAUCAGCCCCAAUGAACAUGUCAGUGUUGACUUUACAAGAAUAUGAAUUCGAGAAGCAGUUCAACGAGAAUGAAGCCAUCCAAUGGAUGCAGGAAAACUGGAAGAAAUCUUUCCUGUUUUCUGCGCUGUACGCUGCCUUUAUAUUUGGUGGUCGGCAUCUGAUGAACAAGCGGGCCAAGUUUGAACUGCGGAAGCCGCUCGUGCUCUGGUCGCUGACUCUUGCGGUCUUCAGUAUAUUCGGUGCUCUUCGAACUGGUGCUUACAUGCUGUACAUUUUGAUGACCAAAGGCCUGAAGCAGUCAGUUUGUGACCAGAGUUUUUACAACGGACCUGUCAGCAAAUUCUGGGCUUACGCGUUUGUGCUCAGCAAAGCACCCGAACUAGGUGAUACGAUAUUCAUCAUUCUGAGGAAGCAGAAGCUGAUCUUCCUGCACUGGUACCACCACAUCACUGUGCUCCUGUACUCUUGGUACUCCUACAAAGACAUGGUAGCUGGGGGUGGUUGGUUCAUGACUAUGAACUAUGGCGUACACGCCGUCAUGUACUCUUACUACGCCUUGCGGGCUGCGGGUUUCCGGGUCUCCCGGAAGUUUGCCAUGUUUAUCACGUUGUCCCAGAUCACUCAGAUGCUGAUGGGCUGUGUCAUCAACUACCUGGUCUUCAACUGGAUGCAGCAUGACAAUGACCAGUGCUACUCCCACUUUCAGAACAUCUUCUGGUCCUCACUCAUGUACCUCAGCUACCUUCUGCUCUUCUGCCAUUUCUUCUUUGAGGCCUAUAUCGGCAAAGUGAAGAAAGCGACGAAGGCCGAGUAGUGUCAGAGCUGAGGAGGAAGACAUAGCUCAGGGUCAUCACGAAAAAUAAUAGACAAAAAGAAAAUGGCACAAGGAAUCACAUAUGGUGCAGCUAAAACAAAACAAAACAUACGUUAUGAGCAGACGCUAAGCCCAAGGCAGCUUGGGAGUGAAGAUUAGGUUGUAAGUUUAUGAUCCUUUUUGGGUGAGGACUCACUGAGAGCACUGCUGCUGAGGGACCCCCUUCCCUCUUACCUGUCAACUCUAGACACAUUAGAUGCCAAGCCAGCCAUGGGCAAGGAGAGUAGUGGACAGCAAGCAAAACACUACAGGAAGAGGGGGGAGAUCUAUUCAGAGUUUUUUGUUUUGUUUUGUUUUGUUUUUCUCUAAGGAUAAAGGAGUUUCCCCUUUUCAAACUGUGCGAGCACACCCACGCGCACGCGGACACACACACACACACACACACACACACACACACACACAAUCUUUUCCACAGGAAACCAGAGCUGGUAGAAAAGAUAGACGCUAAGCGACAGGGUUUCUAUCUAGGACAGCAAUGCUUUUGCAAAAACCUAGGCCUUUUAAAGAAGUUAGCUUGUAACUCCUUGACAAAAGAUGUCUUAAUUCUUUUUACUGCAACUGAAAGUCAAAAAGGUAGAUACCUUCCCCUUCACUGCACAGCCUCGGGCUUGUUCGUUUGCUACAACCGAGCAGAGGACAGUUCUUCCGUGAUACUUUAUUUCUGGGAGAAAGAAAACCAUGCAGCCCAAAUCCCGAGAAGGCAGCCCAUAGCUAACCCUGCAGUUGAAGCAUCACACUGACAGCUGUUAUUUCUGCUCUUCGGUGAGAAUUGAAGCAGCCGUUGUUCAAUUGCCCCAAACUUUAGGAUUGGGGAGUAAAUGCGGAAUUGAAAAGAAAGAAGCUCGACUGGUUGGCUUGAAAACGGAAUCUUGUACUAUCUAUAACAAAACUCAGCCCAUCGUCCCUGGAGCUGGAAGGGGUGGAAGGACUAUCAGAAGAGACCAGAACUGAAGAUUCAUCCAAUACACAGACGGCGUGUUCGCCUCCCUCCCGGUUUGAGCUCACACAUAAUCCUGGCUUUCUGAAUGAGGCCCUGUGACCCAGUCUGUGUUUUCUAUAUUUUUGUGACUUUCAAAAACAGAUCCGCAGGGCUCUGCAUUUGGGGUAAACACUGUGUUUCUGCAGCCUCUGCAUUCGCUCCCUUCAGCAAUGCAGAGGCAUGAGAAGUGCCCUCUGCUGGCUUAGUGAGAAGCUUCAACAAACACUUCAUAAUAGGUUGAAAUAGCUGACCACAAAGGGCCUGCGUAGAUUAAACCCUAAGUUAAGUUCUAAGUGCUGUCAAACACCUGACAUAUAUUUGACCAAAUCAGAAGAGAGAGAACCUCUUGCUUCAAGUAAGCUUCAUAAAAAAAUUUUAAAGUGACUUUCACUUGGGAACUCAGAAAGUCAAUGUAUUAAGAGCCAUAUUCUUAAAAAAAAAAAAAAGAAAGAAAGAAAAGAAAAGAAGAAAGCUAGACAAUGUUAUCUGUAAUAUUUCAGUCCUUUACAAGCCAAAUAAAUGUGUCGAUGUUCCUAAUAUUUCAAAGAUGCAAUUACAUAAAGUUGUUCAAUGUGACAUAAUAGUAUUCUAAUUGGUUAAGUAGUUUAAUGAUUAGGCAAACUAGAGGAACAAUUAGGCUACUACACUGCGUAGAUUAGACAUGUAGCCACAUACGCACAGAACUGUGAGGUACACAGAGCUGUAGAGCUCGGAUCAGUAGUAACACAACUUUUGGCUAGCAGAAGCUAUCACCUAUCUUCUUUUACUUGAGAGUGUACAGUAAAAGGGAUUUUUUUUUCCUCAAAUUAUUUUUAUAUUAUUUUAGCUUUAACUGUGCUGUCCUUCAUGAAACAGCUGCUCGGCCUUUCCGUGAGAGGUGGCAUGGGUGUUUUUCGUGUGGCUUGUUUAUGUGUGGAAUUGGGAAAGAAUAAAUUUGAUUCCAUUCGGCGGGAAUGGGAUCAAGGGUGAGCAAGGAAUCCGUGCAGAUUGAGUCGUGACUGAAAGGCCAGGGGAGAGAGCCAAGCAGGGGCUGGAGUCAGCUGUGGCAUCCAUGCUAAUAUUGUGUGGCGGCUGAUGAAAUGAGUCGUGGCUGGAGGGAUGUUCUAUCAUGAGGGUAGAAAUUAAGAAAGUCCAGAAGCCGCUCUGUCCAGCGGAGUCUUAGGACACACUUGUUCCUUUCGAGCUUUGUAAAUGCACAGUAGUGUACAAUAAUAAACCUUCCCCUUGCCUUAUAGAAGAAAGUGAACAAGAUAAUGAAAACCAAGAGGGCCACCUUACCAGUUGACUUGAGUCUAAAUCAAAAGGCCAGCCCGAGGCUCAUCCGGUUGGCUCAGUUUAAUUCAGAUAUUUAUCAUAGAAUACAGGUUACCAUAUGGAAAUCAUAAGCAUAAACUUUUAAAAAAAAGAGAGAGACUAAGCUAUGCUUCCAAAGCACUUUAAUCUCAAUGCUCGCUUCUCGCUCUCCUCACUUGUAAAAUAACUUAAGACUUUUCAUUCGCAGGAUGAAUAUAUAAUGAAUAGUUUCUAAACCAGCUAACUAUGGCUACAGGCAAUUCCAGUGUUCAUCAUGGGAAGAAAAAAGCCACAUGUUUUUUAAAAAAAAAA